AUGGCCAAGGCGGCUGCAGCUCCGAUUUCUCCCUGAACAAUGGCAGCUACCAUUCAGGCAAUGGAGAGGAAGAUCGAAUCGCAGGCUGCCCACUUGUUAUCCCUAGAAGGUCGAACAGGGAUGGCCCAGAAGUUGGCCAACUAUGAGAAGACGACCCUGGAGUUUGGGAACCAGCUGGAGGGCAAGUGGGCCGUGCUGGGGACCCUGCUGCAGGAGUACAGGCUGCUGCAGAGGCAGCUAGAGAACAUGGAAAACCUGCUGAAGAACAGGAAAUUCUGGGUCCUGCAGCUGCCCCCAGGCAGCAAGGGGGAAGCCCCCAAGGAGUGGGGCAAGCUGGAUGAAUGGCAGGAGUUGUACAAGCACGUGAUGAGGGGUAACUACGAGACACUGGUCUCCCUGAACUACGCCAUCUCCAAGCCCGAGGUCCUCUCCCAGACUGAGCCAGGGAAGGAGCAAUGUGGCUGGCGCCGCACAGCCCCCAAGGUUCCAGAUGUUCCUGUGGACCUGAGUCCAGGCUCGGGAGCCCUGGUUCCUGCCCCUGACCUCUUAAUGCAGAUAAAGCAGGAAGGUGAGCUCCAGUUCCAGGAGCAGAAGGCUCUGGGGGUAGAAGCGUGGGCAGCUGGACAGCCAGAUAUCGGGGAGGAGCCAUGGGGCCUCAGUCAGCUGGAUUCUGGAGCAGGAGACGUCUCUACAGAUGCUGCUUCUGGCGUCCACUCCAACUUCUCAACCACUAUCCCACCUACUUCCUGGCAGGCAGAUCUCCCUCCCCACCACCCCUCCUCCACAUGUUCAGACGGGACCCUAAAGCUCAAUACGGCAGCCUCCACAGAAGCAGAUGUAAAAAUUGUGAUAAAAACUGAAGUCCAGGAAGAGGAGGUGGUGACCACAACAGUGCACCCUACUGAAGUAGAGGCCCAUGGGACCCUAUUUGGACCAGACCAAGCCACAAAGUUUUUCCCUAGUCCUGUCCAGGAAGGCGCCUGGGAGAGCCAGGGCAGCUCCUUUCCCAGCCAGGACCCUGUGCUGGGGCUCAGAGAGCCCACCUGGCCUGAACAGGACCUGGGAGACCCCAGCCCCGCAGUGGCCCAGGAUGGGACCCCACCAGGGGAUUGGUUUCUUGGGGGAGUCCAGUGGGGCUGGAAUUUCAGGUAUAAACCUCCUGUGGGUCUGAACAAGAGGACUGGGCCUGAGGGGCUGCCCUAUUCCUCCCCUGACAACGGAGAGGCUGUGCUGGACCCAGGCCAGGCCCCGAGACCCUUCAGUGACCCCUGUAAAUACCCUGGCCGGACCAAAGGCUUUGGCCAUAAGCCCGGCCUGAAGAAGCACCCGGCCUCGUCUCCCGGGUGACGGCGCUUCACCUGCACCACGUGUGGCAAGAGCUUCCAGCUACAGGUGAGCCUGAGCGCACACCAGCGCAGCUGCGGGCAGCUGCCCCAUCUGCCCGAUGGGGCAGCAGGGGCUGUACGGGAUGGAAACGCCCUGGGGUGCGGGGAGUGCAGGCACUGCUUCACGCGCCCAGCCCACCUGAUCUGGCACCGCAUGCUGCACACGGGUGAGCGGCCCUUCCCCUGCACGGAGUGCGAGAAGCGCUUCACUGAGCGCUCCAAGCUCAUCGACCACUACCGAACCCACGGUGUGCGGCCCUUCACCUGCACCUGCACCGGCUGCGGCAAGAGCUUCAUCCACAAGGACCACCUCCACAAGCACCAGCGCAACCACACGGCCCAGGGCCAGCCGCUGCCUCCCCUCCCAGCCGCUCCCCCGGACCCCUUCAAGAGCCCUGCCUCCAAAGGACCCUUAGCCUCCACAGACCUUGUGACUGACUGGACUUGUGGCCUGAGUGUCCUGGGACCCACCGAGGGCGGGGACCUGUGA